UAAUGCGCUCCGUGCAGGUGCAGCGAUGGAGUGUGUAAAUAAAGCAGGUCAGCUCAUGAGUCUAGCGGCUCUGCAGCACUAUGAUCCCUACAUAGUCAAACUACUGGACGUCACCGGACAGGUCGCUCUGUACACAUUCAACUCUAAAGCAAACGAAUGGGAAAAGACUGAGAUUGAAGGCACAUUAUUUGUUUAUGCCAGGUCAGCAUCCCCUUAUCAUGGCUUCACAAUCAUGAACCGUUUGAGUACGGAAAACUUGGUGGAGCCGAUAAAUAAAGACUUGGAAUUCCAGCUUCAAGACCCCUUCCUGCUGUACCGGAAUGGCAAUCUGGGCAUCUACAGUAUCUGGUUUUAUGAUAAGGAAGACUGCCAGCGGAUAGCACAACUCAUGCUACAGAUAGUGAAACGGGAGGCGUUGCGAGCACAGCAGGCUUCUCCUGACAGAGGUUUGAGCAGCAGAACGAACGGUUGUGUUCACACCAGACCCACAGAUAUCCUGGAGCUUCUCUGCAAAGCUAAAGAGGAGUACCAACGGAGUCAGUUGAUUGAGAGAGAUGUUCAGAUGACAUCUGAAGCCGUGCAGUCUCAGGACAAGAGAGAAGACAUAACAGACCAUACCGCAAUGACAGCACCACAGGAGAAGUCAGGUCACUCAGUAGUGAAGCAGAUAACUGUGGAGGAGCUGUUCGGCAGCUCUUUACCCAAAGAAACGCCCCCAUCAUCAAAUCUCACCCCAGCAGACAGCAUGCGUGGGCUGACCUUUGCCCCUUCACCUCACUCUGUGGAACCUCUCUUGACCCCACGCUUCUCUGCUGACCCGGGAAGCCCAGCACCGGUCUCUCUGCUCCAGGGGGUAGGCACUAGACACCCACAGCACCCCAUCACCCCCAGAGCAGUAGAGGAGAGAGUGGGGGGGUCCAGUGGUUCACUUCCUCCUGCAUAUAUGACUCCACUCACAGAUGGGCUGCCCAGGUUCCUGCCCAGCGAUUUAGUCACUCCACAGAGCUUCAGAGAAUCUGCCUGCAAAGUUUCAGCGUCCUUCACAGGAAAGAGCACAACAUCAGCACAGAGUAAAGAUGUAAAUGCUUUUACACAGCCUCAGGCUCUGGUCAAACCCAUUUCAGCAGGGCCAAUUGUCCAGGGGGAGGAGUCUUCACUGCUACUGUCUCCCAGUGUUUUUCAGCAUUCUAUCACUAAGACAACAGAUGCACCCAAAAACCCCGCCUCCCCUCCAUCACCCACCAGCACAGAUCUGCCAUCUGUAUUGUACAGUCGAGCUCAGCUACAAGAUACACUCAUACAUCUCAUAAAGAAUGACGCCAGUUUCCUCGGUACAAUUCAUGAGGCUUAUGUACAAAGCCUCACUAAAGGCCUCAACAACGUCAAGUUAUAGCCACAUACCACUCAUCCCACCAGUCUGCUGGAGACAAUGUCUGCUACUGCGUCAACCUCUUAAGCUACAAUACUACUGAAUAUUAUUACUGGACUACACGUUGGCUCUUAAUAAUGUGUUAAUGAAGCCUCGUAUACACGCAUGCACUGAUGGCCCUUAUGAACAGCAUUUUCCCCCAACCACACCUGAUUAUUGCACCCAACUGGCUGUAUUAUUCCGUCCCAGUGAGAUUUCCCACUUGAAACAUUAUGUAUUCUCAACACCGCCAAUCUUUUGUUUGCCAGUCUUUUAAACAAUUUUGAACCCACUUCAUAAUAGGUGUCUUUAACUAUAGUUACACUAAAACAAAAAUUAAGCAUUUAAUACAACAUGCUCAUGAGAGUUUUGCAGAAGAACACAUAUAAACAAUAAAUGCAUUAUAUCAGAGGUUUUUUAGUUUCUUAGUUGAGUACAUAGUUAAGACACCUAAAAUAAAGUGGGACCUCAAUUUGUAAUGCUUUCCGUAACUCCCUGCAAUUUGACUGCUUAUAUUAAGGGAUUUGUGCAAUAUGAAGCAUUGCCUCUUUGGAGAAUUGCUUUUUGUUUAUGACUCUGCUUUAGACAUAUGGUAUGGUAAUGAACAAGAGAAAAUAAGCACGUUUAAUAAGCCCUGUGUUUUUGGUUUUGUGGUAUUGCAAUACAGAGUUUUCACAUCUCUACGGGUUCUCGUAGACUGUAAAUAAUAUUGAUUUUUAGAUGUUGGAAAAAGAAUAUGAUGUGCAUUUCUUUUCUUACAAACAUGGUUGAUUAUUUUUGGCAUAAAAGACUAAUUAGUGAAUAAAUAAAUGAUACCACGGUUAUUUUUAAAAGGUACAGUUUGUAAGCACGGGUGCACCAGUAACGAUCCAUUUAUCUAUUGCCUCUCUUUUAAUGGCAAACAAUUACAGUGUUAUUUUGAAGAGUUUAUUGAAUGUGAAAUCAACAUUGAAUUUUAUGUUCCCUAAACUAGUGUGUUGCUGUAUUAGCUAGUUUAUGAAAUCAUUCUGAAGACAGUAGCUUUCUGUUUAAAAAAUAAAAUAAACUGUGCCUUUUUUUUUUCUUUUUUGUACAAAAUUGGUUUUGCUUGUACUGUUUACAGAUUUAUCUGUAUUAUUAUUAUUAUUAUGGGCCAGGCCCCUAUUGUAUCCUUUAGUAUUAUUAUUAUUAUUAUUAUUAUUAUUAUUCCAAUAGGAGUCUAUGGCAGCCCAUAGAACCGUACAUAGGAAAAUGAUUACAUUUGGCACACUGAUAGAGGUGGGCAUUAAUAGACCCCACACAAACUUUGGGGUAUCUAGGACAAACUCUAUAGCACAAAAUGCACUUCUUUUGUGCAGAUCUUGUGAACCAUAUAUCCUAGAAACAAAAUUCUUUUCGCGUCUUAUUACUCUCCUCCUGAUGAUUCAAAUGGACCCCUAACUCCGCACAUCACAGUGGCUGCCAUCUUAAAUUGUCAUUAAUAAUUUUUUCACUACUGUUCCUUGCAAUUUGAUUUGCCCAAACAAUGGCUCAAAAUAAUCUCCAGACCGAGCCGCACAGAUUGAGUAAUACAGAAUUUUGAUUUUCAGGUUUGUUGAAAAGUUAUGCAAACACAUAAUUAAUGAGGUGGGCAUGAAAUAGGAUGUGAUAUCUCAGCAAUGCUGUGUUCUAUCGAAAGGAAACUGUUUGUGCUUCAUCAUGACCAUUUGCAUACAUGCAAAGUUUGGAGACAGCGCCACCUAUGGGUCAAAAACUUUUAACAGCAUGUCCAAAAAUCAUGAGGUUGGUGUCUAUGGAUUUUGUGGGUCAUGAGGAUUUCAACGAUACAAUUUUUUUCCCAUAUCAGCCAUAUUGUCCCUGCACCAUAUUGAAAUGUAUUUUAAAAAUGAUAUAAUUAAGUACAAUGUUGGAUUUAAAAAAUAAAAUUAAAAAGAAAACUGGUAUGCAUCAUCGACAUCGUGUCCUGAUGAUACUUGGCACUUCGGACAGUGCCACCUAUAAUUCUAAAGCUAACCUACACUUUUGUGCUGACUAAUCUCAGGAAGUCUGUUUGCCGCUCAAUGUGUUUAAGCAUUGGUUUAAUGUUCAAAAGGUCCAGCAUUCAAAUUCCUAGCUCUGCAAGUCAUGCUGUGUAAAAUUCUGUUGUUUUGGUGAUUAUUUUUUUUUUUUUUUUUUUUUU